AGAGGUGUUUUUGCCCUGAGUGUCGCCUCUCAGGCAGCUCCUCCUGUCAGGCGGUGUGACCCCACCUCCUUCACUGUGAUUGGACGACUCUAACUCCUGACAUGAUGAAUCUGAAAUCAAAUGAGAGCAUGUGAUUGGUGGAGCAGAUUGGGGGCGGGGCUCAGCCUGAGAGACGAGGCUCAAGGUGUUAAAACCCUUGGAGCUCUGAGGGAGGAUGAGGAGGAUUAGAGCAGAUUACAGAAGAGUUUAUAACAGCAGAGAAGAAGAGAGCACACACACGCACACACACACACCAGUACAGACACACUCCAAACUGGACUGAACUGGACCAGGCCAGAUGCAGUGAACUGGGACCACUUUGACUUGAAUCUAACUGGACUGGGCUGGGAGGGGGUGGUGGAGGGUUAAGGUGGACUGAUCUGGGUUGAAGUGGUCCUUACUGGUCUGAGCUGGUCCAUACUAGUCUGAGGGACAGGAAGGGGACUGAUGGAUGGUUUCCAGGCGUACGGGGCGGUGAAGGCGGGCGGAGCUUUCGACCCACUGACCUUCAUCAGACAACCUCAGACUGUGGUGAGGAUCGUCUGCUGGCUCUUCUCCAUUGUGAUCCUGGGCUGCGUUGCUAACGAGGGUUACGUUAACCGACCUGAAGAGGUGGAGGAGUACUGCAUCUUCAACCGCAACCAGAAUGCUUGCAACUACGCUGUCGCCAUGGGAACGCUGUGUUUCCUCUGCAGUGCUGCUUUCCUGGUGCUGGACGUUUAUUUCCCUCAGAUCAGCGGCGUGAAGGACAGGAAGAAGGCUGUAAUGGCCGACAUUGGAGUUUCAGCUCUCUGGUCUCUGGUCUGGUUUGUGGGUUUCUGUUUUCUGGCCAAUCAGUGGCAGGUUUCUAAAGAAGAAGACAACCCUCUGAAUGAAGGAGCUGAUGCUGCUCGAGCUGCUAUUGUCUUCUCCUUCUUCUCUGUCUUCACCUGGGCAAUCCAGUGUCUGCUGGGAGUCCACAGGUUCAAACUGGGGGCUGACUCCGUCACCUUCAAUCAGGACUACGUUGACCCCAACCAACAAGAACCUCAAGAGGCUCCACCCACAGAGGAGUAGAGGAUGGGACAUGAGAAGUGAUGCACUCUGGGUAGUUGUAUGUUGUGACGAGUUAUACUCUGAAAACGGAUAAUCACACCAAAAACAAACAGUUUUAUAGUUUAAUGAUGACCAGGGGGCUUUUCCUCUGUCAGCAAUCAGGAACAGUCCAGUGCUAACUACUGUUAGCCUGUUAGUAACAGAGGUUAGCUAGUCGGCUAUCAUCAGCUUUCAGUGCUGGACAUCAGUUUCCUGAACAGGUUUGGAUCACAUGAUUACCAUAAAUUAGCCACUGAGUUAUCAGUUCGUUCUCCAGCUAACAUUAGACAUGGUUCACUAGCUUAUUGAGCUAGCUUUCUGGUUAAAGGUAAUUUUAUUUAUUAUUAUUUGUUCAGUUUGUCUGUUUUUUCAUUAUAAUAUAUAUAUAUAUAUAUAUGUCACUAAAAAUGUGUUGCAACGCCACCUGCUGUUGGAUCAUUUUGAGAGUCACAAUGAGAGUUGGGAAAUUAAAAAGUUUACACAAAAAAAAUCAUGCUAACAACUGUCGGUCUCAGUGUAGUUACCUGAUGUCAGACUCUGGACUCUGAUUGGCUGAAAAUCUGUUGGUUUCAGUUUUUAACUGUUACAGUUUGUCAAAAGGUUUACACUUAAAAACCAACUGAAUCAGAGUUUGAUGAAAAAAAUGAUCAAAUAUAACUCUGUAAACAGUACUGAAUAUCUAUUUUAUAUAUUCAGUUUGUGGUGUUUGUGUGUUUGUUAAUAAACAAAGUGGAUAAAUACUACUUU